AUGAAAAUCAUCGACAUUGGAGCCAACCUCACUGAUCCUGUGUUCCGCGGCGUCUACCGCGGGAAGCGGGCGCAUGAGGACGACAUGAACAAGAUGAUCGAAAGGGCCCAGUCGGCGGGCAUAGUCGCAAUGAUGGUCACCGGCGGCAACCUCGCCGAGAGCAAGCAGGCAAUCAAGCUGAGCCACGAGCACUCCUCGUUCUUUGCUACUGUCGGCUGCCACCCGACGCGCACCAGCGAAAUCGAGAUUGAUGGCCGCAGCGCCGACGCCUACUUUUCCCAGCUGCGCGAAUUGAUCAUGGCCAACAGCGGCAGAGUCGUUGCCAUCGGCGAGUGCGGGCUGGACUACGACCGCUUGCAGUUUUCGAGCAAGGAGGUACAGAACAAGCACUUUUAUCGCCAUUUUGAGCUGGCCAAAACGACUGGCCUGCCAAUGUUUUUCCACGACCGCAACACCGAGGGCGACUUUGCCAGGACAAUCAAGAAGAACAGACACCAGUUCGGCGAUGGCGUUGUGCACUCGUUCACGGGGACUGAGGCUGACCUGCGUGAGCUGCUGGAGCUCAACCUGCAUAUUGGCAUCAAUGGAUGCUCGCUGAAGACGGAAGAGAACCUGGCCGUGGCCAAGCUUGUUCCGCUGGACCGACUGAUGAUUGAGACUGACUGCCCCUAUUGCGAGAUUCGGCCAACUCACGCCAGCCACGCCCUGCUGCCAGCAAAGGCCGAGAACACAGACGAAUGGCAGAUGCCCGAGUCGAAGCGCAAGGAGCGGUGGAGCGGAGAGUGCAUGGUCAAGAGCCGCAACGAGCCGUGCACCAUCCGCCAGGUCAUCCAGGUCAUGGCAAAGUUGCACGACAUAAGCGAGGCUGAACUGGCCGACCAUGCGUACAAAAACACUUACCGCGUGUUCUUCAAGAACGUUAGCUUCUAA